UCUUUCCACUCCAACCCAAAAUUCCGCCCAAACUGAAGCCGGGCCCACCACGCCACUUGCUCGGCUCACCUUCUGCGCUGCACGCUGGGCCAGCUUCUACACGGAAGCCCAUCUCCAGCUCAUUUAAGUGAGCCACCACCCAGCCGCCACUCUCCUCCGUUGGAUGAAGCCCAAACAAACGUGGCCCAAAAUCUGACCCUAUCAGUAUCUCCUAACAAAAUGGCAUGUUAGGAGAUUAACUUUUUCGCAAUUCAUCAGGCACCAUCAUCAUGUUCGCUGGUUCUUAUGCGCUCCACAAGAAGGCAACUUUCCGCUCUUCAAUCGCAGCCUCUCCCGACGUUCGCCGAGGACUUCCUCCAAUGGUCCCAAACCAACAACUCAAUCCCUUUCUCCGCCGCGCCAAAGGGUCCCUCCGUUUUGGCCACCAGUCUCAUUAAGUACUUCUUCGACCAAGGCCUGGCUACCGAAGCGCGCGACCUGUUCGACGAAAUGCCCGACAGAGACGUCGUUGCCUGGACGGCCAUGGUGACUGGCUACGCUGCCCGCAGCCAGAAUACGCGGGCUUGGGGAGUCUUCUGCGAGAUGUUGAGGAAAGAAAUCGUGCCCAAUGCUUUCACUUUCUCGAGCGUCUUGAAGGUUUGUAAAGGUAUGAAGGAUGUUUCUCGUGGGCGCUCGGUUCAUAGUUUGGUCGUUAAGCGUGGGAUGGAAGGCUUCAUUUACGUGGACAAUGCACUCAUGGAUAUGUAUGCUACUUGUUGUACUAGCAUGAGGGAUGCUUGCAUGGCGUUUCAGCAUAUUAGGGAAAAGAAUGCAGUUUCGUGGACUACAUUGAUUACUGGUUACACCCACCGUGGCAGGGGCCACAGCGCACUCCGAGUUUUCAAGCAGAUGAUACAUGAGGGAGUGGAACUUAACCCUCACAGCUUUUCAAUUGCUGUUAGAGCUUGUGCUUCAACUGGUUCACAGAGCUAUGGCCAGCAAAUGCACGCGGCAGCUAUGAAACAUGGUUUUGAAUCUGACACUCCUGUCAUGAACUCCAUACUAGAUAUGUAUUGUAGGUUUGUUUGCUUGCCUUUGGCAAACCAGUGUUUCACUGAAAUGAGGCAAAAGGACUUGAUUACAUGGAAUACUUUAAUAUCAGGAUAUGAGAAGUUUGAUUCCAUUCAGUCUCUCUUGGUAUUCUCCCGAAUGGAAUUGGAAGGUUUUACUCCGAAUUGCUUUACAUUCACCAGUGUGACAGCAGCCUGUGCUAACUUAGCAGUCAUCAGUUGUGGACAGCAGGUUCAUGGAGGAAUCAUCCGCAGAGGACUUAACAGUAACUUGGCAUUGGUUAAUUCCUUGAUAGACAUGUACGCCAAGUGUGGUAGCAUAACUGAGGCACAUAAAAUUUUCAAUGAAAUGCCUGUCAGGGAUCUGGUGUCAUGGACAUCUAUGAUGAUAGGGUAUGGUGCUCAUGGAUAUGGGGAAGAGGCUGUAGCAUUAUUUGAAGAGAUGGUGAAGGCAGAUGUAAAACCUGAUCAAAUAGUGUUCAUGGCAGUUCUAAGUUCUUGUAGUCAUGCUGGACUAGUACAUCAGGGGCUGAACUACUUCAACUCUGUGAUGGAUCAUUACAAGAUCAAGCCUAAUCAAGAGAUUUAUGGGUGUGUUGUGGAUUUGCUGGGCAGAGCCGGGAGAGUUGAGGAGGCCUAUGAACUGAUACAGAGUAUGCCAUUUAAGCCUGAUGAAUCUGUUUGGGGUGCACUUCUUAGCGCUUGUAAAACCCAUAGCCUUCCAGGUCUGGCCAAGUUGGCUGCCUUAAGGGUGCUGGAUUUACAACCAAAUGUGGUCAGUACUUAUGUCAUGCUGUCGAACAUUUAUGCAGCUGAAGGCGAAUGGAGGGAGUCUGCAAGGAUGAGGAAAUUGAUGAAGGAGAUCGUGAGCAAGAAAGUGUCGGGGAAGAGUUGCAUUGAAGUAAAGAAUCAAGUAUACAGUUUUGUUGUGGGUGAUACAGUUGGGACUCAUAUGGAACGAGCAUAUCAAACUCUAGGUUUGCUAUUUCAGCACAUGAAAGAAAUAGAUGAUGAAGAUGAAGUGGACUGCUUAAUACAUGCCAUUGAAAAUGGGGUUUGAAAUGGAGCUGAGAUAGCAUUAUAAGCAAAUUCAUUACUGUGCGGGAAGGGACUAUAACUGCAGAACACGCUGGCGGGAAAUUCAUGGUAUUCUUCAGAAGCUCGAGAGAGCAGAUUGUGUUUGAAGAGAAAGAUUUGAGUUUGCUCAGGGAGUAAGUUAAAGGGAAGUGGAGCCACCAUUCGAGCAGCGUCAGCGGGAGAAAGAGGUGAGCUAUUUAGAUCUUAAUGGCUUUUCCUGCUCCAUUGCUUGAUUAUCAUUUUGGGGAAUUCUUAAUCCUGGAUCUAAUCAGCUUCUUAGGCUGAGGAAAGUAGAGAACUGACUGAUCCGGGGUAGCAUUUGUUCUUGUUCACACUGUCUCAACGUCUUUGAAUCUCUUCAUAAACAUGCUGAGGUCACAAAAGAAAACUGAAACUAGGCCAAGCUAAGUAGCGAAACGUGAGAGUUCUGUUGUUAGCCAUGCAAAGUCACCGGAGAAUAACUCCACAAAAGUUGGAAAAGGGAAGAAGUUGUCUGAGCAGAAGGCAGACUCAAGUCGGCCCUAGGAAAUGAUGAAGUUCACUGAAGGCAUGCAAGUCGAGGUGACCACUGACGACGAGGGUUUUGAAGGCGCUUGGUUUGCUGCAACAAUUAUUAAAGCUUCGGUUGAAGACAAGUACCUUAUUGAAUACAAAACCCUGACAAAUGAUGAUGAUACCGAGUUUCUCAGGGAAGACAUUCGUGCUUGCCACAUAAGGCCUUGUCUACGGGAGACCAUUAUUGUGGAUGGAUUCAAGGUGAUGGAUGAAUUGGAUGCUUACUAUAACGAGGGCUGGUGGGUUCGAGUGAUUGCAAAGGUUUUGAUCAACUGCAAGUAUAUGGUUUACUUCAAAGAUACUGAUGAGAAGAUAAUGUUCUCAAUCAGGCUGAUUUGAGGCCACAUCAGGAAUGGUUUAACGGCAAAUAGGUUGUUCCUUCAAAGGUCUGAAUUUUAAAUUUUUAUGCUCUUAGCACACUACUAGCUUUUCUGGCAAAUGCUUCAGUUGUGUGGACUUGAACUCAGUGCAUCUCUAUCGAUUGUGCUUUUUUUAUUAUGUUGAACUUUCUUGCAGAAUUGUAGAUCUCGAAUAUGUGGCAAUCUGAAUUAACAGCCCAAAAUUGUUUGUUCCGUCCAGAGAUUUUGCAUGGUCCAAUUCAGUCCAAAGUUGAACCAAACAGAGAGUAAAAUCAUAUUGAAAGUGAUUUCACUCGGCAUGCUAUUUGCUGUACUUUUUGAAGAGAAAUUACGAAAUUGAAACCCAGUGAGUCUAGAAAUUUUAGAACCGAAACUAUUCAAUCCGAUGUGAUGUAGACUGGAUCGCUAGCUCGCUGCACAGACUAGUAACCAUUUCAUUGCUUCUUCUUGCAAUUCACUUGUGUUUGAAACCCAGAUACCCGAAACCCAAAAAGAAUGGAACUUAAGGGUGCUGGAUUUACAACCAAAUGUGGCCAGUACUUAUAUGAUGUUAUCAAACAUUUGUGCAGAGGAAGUAUCCAGAAUCAUGAGCAAAGACCAUUCCUAAGUUCGAACAUAUUCAUUCGCAACGAAUCAGUAUCAACUAUCAAGCUUCGCUAGUUGAGCAGACAAAAAUGAAGCUUCACUCCAGGA